AUGGGAUUUUCUACAUUCCUGAUCAAGCAUCUGUAUUGGCUUCUUUUGUUUACCUUCUUGAUAUUACACCUGAUAGAAAUUGGCACAGCAGCCCAGUUUGAUCCUUCACAGUACCCCGAUAUUCAAAGACAAGAAAGGGAUGCUCUUUAUGCUCUCAAGGCCAGUUUCAACAACUCUUUUCUGAAUGAUAACUGGACUGGCCCUCCAUGCAAUACGGACUACUCGUCAAGAUGGCAUGGCAUUCGGUGCUUCAAUGGUCGUGUUACUGAAAUUUUUCUGGAAAGUAUGAGGUUGAAUUCUUUGCUUCUUCAGGAUAACUGUUUGACAGGGCCAAUCCCAGAAUUCAAUCAAUCCAGCUUGAGAGUCUUUAAUGUCUCCAACAAUGAUCUCGAUGGCUCGAUCCCAACAACUCACACUCUGCAAUCUUUUGGCCCUGAUUCAUAUUCUAGUAACCCUCAACUGUGUGGUCCGCCUACGCUCAACACCUGCAAAAAUAUCUUUGCAACAAUAGAUGUAGCAGAUGAUCAGAACAAAGAAAGUUCUCCUGCUGAACCCCCAAGAAAGUCAUCUAUACCUAACUCUGCAAAGAUAUCUGUAGUUUUCAUCGCUGUUGGCUUCGUUGUGGCGAUUUUUCUCUUCUUUCUUCACUUCAAGAAGGCUAGGAAGCUUAAGAAAAAGGGCAGGAAAGUUGAGGAAAGAGAAGAAGAAGAAGAACAGCAACCACAGCAACCACAGCAACACCAUGCUACUUUGAUUGACGAUGGUUUGGAUGGUGAGGAAAAACCUGUAAGGAGUAUAGAGGAGGAAAAGGGAAAGGCUGUCGAUAUCAAAGAAGAAAAAAGGAGGCUUAUUUUCAUAGAGGAAGAAGCAAAAAGUUUCACACUGAAUGAUCUUUUAAAAGCUUCUGCUGAGGAUUUAGGGAAGGGGAACUUUGGAGAUUGUUAUAAAGCUGUGAUGGAUGGCAAGGAAGCUGUUGUUGUAAAACGCAUAAGGGAUUUGAAGCCAUUAAGUAGUAAAGAAUUCACAAGGCAAUUGCACAUAAUUGCUCAUCAGAAGCACCCCAAUUUGCUACCACUUCUAGCUUACUACAACUCCAAGGAUGAGAAGUUGCUGGUGUACAAACAUGCAGAGAAAGGAAACCUCUUCAAUCGCAUUCAUGGAAACAGGGGGAGGGACAGGAUUCCAUUUAGGUGGAGCUCGAGAAUAUCAGUAGCUCUAGGCAUUGCACGAGCCCUGGAAUAUCUUCACCUCAACACUAUCUCACAAAGCAUUGUCCCUCAUGGCAACCUAAGAUCAACGAAUGUUCUUCUUGAUUUGAACGAAAAGGUUUUGAUAUCAGAUUAUGGUCUCAGUUCAAUAAUAGCUCAGCCCAUUGCAGCUCAGCGUCUUGUGUCGUACAAAUCACCUGAAUAUAAGACUACCAAAAGGGUUUCCAAGAAAUCUGAUGUUUGGAGUUAUGGUAGCCUUCUGUUAGAACUCUUGACUGCAAGGAUAUCAGUGUGCUCAGCUCCUCCAGGAACCGACGGGAUGGAGCUUUGCAGUUGGGUGAAAAAGGCAGUUAGGGAAGAAUGGACAGCUGAGAUAUUUGAUAUUGAGAUUGCUGCGCAGAGAAGUGCAAGUUCUGGGAUGCUAGAACUACUGCAGAUUGCUAUCCGCUGCUGCGAUAAGUCCCCUGAGAACCGACCUGAAAUGACUGAGGUUGUGCGAGAGGUGGAGAGCAUCAAAGCUCUUGUUGAAUCAGAAGAUGAAGAAGACUUAUCCAUGGAUCGAUCGCUAACAGAUGAAUCUCUUUAA